AUGCCUACGAGGCAGGUCUUGUGGGCUGGCCGGGUGCCCAGGUCGUCGCGCGCCGCAUGCAUUCUCACUCCAGGCCGGCCGGAUGCGGUCCUAGGGAGCCCAUCACUGACAGCCACUCUGCAGACUCUCUCCGUGUCCUUCGGUUCGUCGUUGGCUCAGGGCGUCAUCCACACCUCCUCUCCUCUCGCGGGCCGACCCGAGGCGGCCAGCCUGACCGUACAGAUCCCGAAGACCCAGAAGGCGGCGAUCGUCGAGUCCGCUGAUGCCCCUCUCAAGAUCGUCAACGACCACCCCGUCCGCCAGCCCAAGGACCUCGCCCCUGGCGAGUGUCUCGUCCAGCUCGAGUGCUCCGGUGUAUGCCAUACCGACCUGCACGCCCGCAAGGGUGACUGGCCGCUCAAGGCCAAACUCCCCCUCAUCGGGGGCGUCGGCACCGUCGUCGCCAUCGGCGAGCACACGCAGGGCUCUCCCGUGAAGCUCGGAGACCGCGUCGGGAUUAAAUGGCUCGCGUACUCGUGCCUCGACUGCGAGCUCUGCAGGAAGGGCCUUGAGCAGACAAUAUGUCGUCUCCUGGGUCAGCCACGUCACCCCAUCCCCGCGAACCUCGACUCGUACGAGGCCGCCUCCAUCCUCUGCGCCGGCGUCACCGUCUACCGCGCCCUCAAGUACUCCCAUACCCACAUCGGCGACUGGGUCGCGAUCCCGGCGCCGGCGGAGGACUCGGCCACCUUGCCGUCCAGUACGCCACCGCCAUGGGCUCCGCGUGCUCGCCGUCGCGGAUCCACAGACACGGGCGCGGAGAAGCGCGAGCUCGUGAAGAAGCUCGGCGCGGAGGCGUGGGUGGACUUCCGCGAGAGCAAGGACAUCGUCGCGGACAUCCGCGCAGCGACGGACGGCCAGGGCCCGCACGCGGCGAUCGUGACUGCCGCGAACAGCUCCGCGUACGCGCAGGCCGUCGACUACCUCCGCCUCGGCGGGAACCUCAUGGUCGUCGGCCUCCCGCGCACGCGUCCCUCUCCGCGGACAUCUUCUUCACCGUCACGAAGAGCAUCAGCAUCUACGGCUCCUACGUCGGGCGUAUGCUUAUGGCCGCUGCAGGAACCGCCAGGACGCGCGCGAGGCGCUCGAUAUCGCGAGUCGCGGAAGGUCAAGUGCUUCUACGAGACGCGCGGGCUCGACUCGCUCCUCGAGACAUACGAGAGCCUCGAGAAGGGCGUCAUCGUCGGCCGGAUCGUCCUCAACAUGCGCGAGUAG